AAAUUCAUCACCGUUAGCUUAUUGAUGAUGUCGUGGUCUCCUUCAUGUCUUUCUUAAUUAUUCUUUUUAUUCUAUAGUGAUCGAUAGUAGGUGAGUUCCUAACAAUGACUAUAUCUUCUUUGUUUCCGAUUGACAGUCAGAAGGCAGGCUGCAUUUAAGGUUAAGAUUGUUUGCUUAUAGGUCGUUGUUGGUAGCAUGGAGAACCCUAUACCAUUAAGCAAGAAAAGCAGACAAUUUGGUCAGGUGGCUUUGACUUGGUACAAUCUCUUAUUUCCAGAAUGUUUCAAGUUCCACCCAAUAAGAAGGAAAACUGAUGCAGAAGGGAGACUUCCUCAAGAAUCAGUAGAAGAUAUCGGUUUGAAGCAUGGUGGGGAUUUUAAUAAGUAAAAUGCAACAUAGGGGUCAGAGGCUAAAGAAUUUGUUGCUUUAUGAAGUUAUCUAAUGUCUAGGCCAACAGGGGUAAGUGCUUAUAUUCCUUGUUUAAUUUUUAUUUCGAAGUUGCUUCUUGAUAUGGGAAAAUGGUUCUUGCUUACGUUGACCUGUAGCUCUCUAAGUAGCAUAGUAUUAAUAGGAGAGUAGAAAAUUUGAGUUAAAUCAUCUUAGGAGGACCUGUAACUCUUGUAGUUAGUGUAAACCAUCUUAUAGUAGGUAGUUUGAAGUGUGUAACCAGCUAGCAUGAUGAAUGAUCAGAGUUUUUUGGUACAGGGGACUUCUUUGUUCCCUUUUUUUAUUAUGAUAUUUGGGUGAGAAGAUGUGAUUUGUGAGAGAAUUUUGUUCUUGGAUCCCUUUGUUCUUAUGUAGCUUGGCAAUCUUGUUUUAAGUGGUUUUCAUAUCUGAGUCUCUGUGUAUUUCUCUUGUUUUGUGUUUCCAGGGGUUCUCUUUCGUUUGCUUAUUUUGGUUUGCUUCUUGACAGGUUAAGACGACAUGCUAUACAUAAUGUGGAUGAUUUAGAAGAGACCUUUAGGAUCUUGUUGGAACUUAAACCUUUGUUCAACUUUGAGAUUAUCCCUUUGAUUGCAAAGUGUUGUUUUGAGUUUCAAGUAGGUAGGAUUUGUUCAAUUUCCUUGUAACUUAUAUUAUCACUUUACAGCAUAUGUGAAAAUUAUGCAGAAAUCCA